CCUGGCGUGCAGCGUGGACAUGGGAUCUCGAAGCAUCCAGCUCCUGGCCGUACUCCUCGUCCUGGGGGGCGAGGGGCUGUGUGCCCUGGCAGGGGCCCAGAAACCUUCCCCCUGCCAGUGCUCACGGAUCACAGCCCGUAACAGGAAGAACUGUGGCUUCCCGGGCGUCACCCCCGAGACGUGCUUCAGCGCCGGAUGCUGCUUUGACUCCACAGUCCCCAAUGUCCCCUGGUGUUUCCACCCCCUUCCGAAGCAAGAGUCGGAGCAGUGUGUCAUGGAAGUGUCCGCCCGUAGGGACUGCGGGUACCCGGGCAUCAGCCCUCAGGUGUGUGCGUCUCGCAAGUGCUGUUUUUCCGACACUAUCGUCAACGUGCCCUGGUGUUUCUUCCCAAUCCCUGUGGAAGAUUGCCAUUAUUAAGAGGAGUCCCUUCCGAGAACCCACCAGGCUCUCUGGGUGUUUGGAAAUGAAGAAGACUCACCAUCGCAUCUCAUGUCUCCAGAGUUCCUGGCUUUCCUUGAUCUGUUUUUUAUCCUUUUCACUGGUUCAACAUACAGUUUCUUCAAAUAAA